AUGAGAAACCUAUCAAAAGAGGGCUGUCUUCUGGUGGCUGCCCGGGCAAAGGCUUUACCCUCGCUGUGGGCCCUGAGGGCCAUCAGGGAGGUGCUGGGUGGCUACCCCGUGCCCUUUCUGAGGCAGCUUUUUGGGAGCGCUGUGCCUGCUUUCCCUCCAAAGUUUUAUCUGGUAAUGACCAAGUCUAUGGCAGAUGAGAGACGGUCUCAGCUGGAGCAGUACCUUCAGAAUGUUACAUUGGAUUCAAGUAUUACCAAUAGUGAUGUCUUCAUAGGUUUUUUCCGAAAGCUACAGCAGGACACAUUUAAGAUCCAGACCCAGACAGCCUUUUUGGAUAUUUACCUCGCUGAUGGCAGCAAUAUUAGACUUGAUAUCCAGACAUCGGACACUGCAGAAAGAAUAUUAGAGGUUACGUCAUGCAAGAUGGGUCUACCAAGAGAAUUAAUAAAGUAUUUUAGCUUAUUUUUCUUUCAAGAUCAUGAUGAUGGAGCACUAUCUGUGGUGAAAAAAGUGGCAGACUUUGAACUUCCUUAUGUGAGUCUUCAGAGCAUGAAAGAGUUGCACUGUAAGCUUGGGAUCAGAAAGUGGUAUAUGGAUCCUUCUCUUGAUACACUGCUGAUGGGUUGUAGAGCUUCACUGAAUUUACUGUAUAUGCAGGCUAUCCAGGAAGUUAAGAGGAAUUGGGCUAAACCAACAGAAGGGCAGAUGCAGGACCUUCAAUUUCUACAAGAAAAUGUAAACAAAGCAAAGAUCCUGGAGCUGAUUCGAGAAAUGCAGUUCUAUGGAUACAUGCGGCUUGAUCCUUGUGUUUGUGACUAUCCAGAAGAAGGCUGCUCAGCCGACGUUUACAUCGGCAAUGAUGAGAUUAACUGCUGCAUAAAACUGCCUACUAACCAAACCAAAGAGGUCAGCUUUAAAAUCAACAGGUUAAGAAGUUGGCAGGUUACUUUUCUUGGUGCUACAAAAGAUGGUGAGGAAGACACUCUGGAGCUCAGAUUUGAGUACAAUAAUUCAGGCACAUGGCAGUGGAUAAUUUUGUACACAAAACAGGCCUUUUUGCUCAGUAGCUGCUUGAAGAAAAUUAUAUCAGAACAGAUGAUGAAGGCAGCCAAAGAAGGCCAAGAAAUGGAGAUCAAGAUGCCUGAAUCCACGAAAAAUAGUAAGAAAUCCAGCAUCCAACAAAAGCAGGUAGUCCAUUCGGGUUUUAUAUCAAGGAAAAGAUUUUUGGUUAGGCCAAAUGAAGACGACUGUGUAUUUGAGAAAAUAAAAGAAGAGGACCUGUGA